AUGAAAUAUCUUAAUGUAUUAUUUUUUAAUGUGUUAUUCUUUUUUGGUUUUAUCGCUUUGCAGCUUAUUAUUCAAAUACCUAUUGUUAUGCUCAUUAAAAAUUUAUCCGAACCAUGGUUUUCAUUGAUAUAUGCUGGUAAAAAAACGAUUGAAAUUCGUUUACAUAAAGGACAUUUUGGUGAAUUGAAAUUGAAUGAUACAAUUGAAUUUUUCAAUGAUGACCUAGGUCUAAGACGAAAAUUUUGUAUUAAAGUAUUAAAUAUAGAAAUGUUCGAUACAUUUGAAGAACUAUUAUCAAAACAUUUAUCUCAAGCUUUACCGACAGUCAAAACAAUUGAAAAUGGUGUUAAAAUUUUAAGAAAAAUAUAUAGUCAAGAAGAUGAACUUAAAUAUAAAGUAGCGGCAAUACAUGUAGAGCGAAUUAGUGCUGUUGUUAAUGAAGAUCUAAAAUGA